AUGCUUCUGCUCUUAGCUUUAGUCUGGCGCGAUCCCGAGGAAACACGAAGCAGCAGCAGUGACAGUCCAGCGGCCAUCUCUCGAGUUAAGAACGACAGCACCGCCCUAUCACGCUCGCCCAUUCGCCGUCUGCGUGCAUCUCGUCCAACUAGUUUCUAUCGCGUGAACCAACCACCACCUGUGCCCGAAGCGCCUCGCCGAAACAUCUCCAGCGACCGUCACUUUGAUUUGGCAUACUACCUCGACGACGACAGCUCGUCACAACAACAAUCCGACUCAGGUCGACGACGGUCGCGACCAAGCAGCUUUCUGCCUCCGCCUCUCGAGCGAGACCGUCCGCAAUCACGCAAUGGUGUUUCUUCAAGCCUCCCAUCUCCUCCUCUGGACACAUCAGAGCCUGUCGCUUCAUCUCGUAUCGUCCUCUUGCGCACAUCACAUGCAUCACCACAUCCCCUGAGCGUUGCCCAUCGUCCAAUAUCUUCGGCAGAUGGUCUAGGCGAUCGCAAUCGCAGUCCCUCUCCCAUCACGGAAGCCUGGCAUAUCAUCGGCUCGACCAUCACUCCCGACGACUCGCUGCCUUCUAGCUUCGCUUCGAACGGGGCAUCGUCUUCAUUUGCCCGUACAGAUACUCAAGAAGAUACAAUAGCUGAUGCGUUGGCGGAGGACUCCAGCUCUACAGCAAACGAGUCCCGUAACUACAAUCGCCGUGCUAUCGAAGCUUUGUUGUAUGAUUUUGCCAUGCAAACUGCCGAGGGUCGAGCUCAGAUUCAGCUUCUUCGCCGCAUGUCGCCCGAAGACGCUCGUUGGAUGCGUCACCACAGCAGUGCCAGUGAAGAGGGUGGAGAUAAUGAAGGCGACAGCAGAGACGAGAACGGGGACGAAGCACCUCCACGUCGUCCCUCUCAGUUCGACUCGGACAUUCGUGAACGCUCUCGCCAGGUCGCUGCUUCAACAAUGCGCUACUUUGGCAACACAGACGAUGCGUCCAGCGCUAGGCCACAAAUCGGACGGUUGCGUAGAGUAGAGACGCCUUCUCUAUCACGUUCAACCUCACCUAGUGGUUCAAGGUUGCUCUCCAAUCAAGCUGCGAGACGGUCUGUUGCGCGCAUGCUCAUCCGUGAUGAUGAGCAGCCCGCCCAUAACGAGAGGCUGUAG